AUGGGAGGACGGCCAUCGGCAGGGUCCUUCGGUAGGGCCGAGUCAACAUCAGCGGGAGCGGUACUGACAGCAGUCACAACUGGAGAAUAUCUCACACCAGAUGUGACCGGAGCCGAAUCCACCGGUGGAGAAGUCGACCGCGUGGUCAAGACGGCCUCACCAGCGUUCAUGAACGAUGAAGAUUUUGGAGAGCCGGGGGGAAAGGUGACACUGCAACUGGUUCAACUUGAGCAGAGACUUAUGCCGAGAAUGCAAGUGUUGGCAAAGCAGGAAAAAGAGCAGGACCCUCAGGCGGUGAGUCGAAUCCAGACAUUCUCGUUAUCUAACCUCUGUACGGUCGAGCAAGUGCAAGGGGCGGCUGUGGCGAAGCGAUUGUCAGAAAUGAUGGACGUAAGAGUCGUGGAUCCGGAUGGACAUGGAAUCUCGCGGCUGGGAAAGGGACUGGAGACCGGGGGUUUUCAAAGAGAAGGAUCGGCCGUUGGGCCCAAGCGUGACGAGCGGUUAAGGUUACUGUUUACGGGGUUUAACCGACCAACGGUGCCAAUUAAACGGUACGAUAUGGAUCGUUCAUAG